AGAGACAAGCUCUUACACCACCCUUUGGGCAGCAACACAGAAGGACCCAGAAAAGGCCUAUUCUAGCCUCACAUUACGGGUGGCAACCACAGGAGACAUAGGGCCCCUGAGUCAGAAGCUACACCUGAUUGACCAGGACUGCAGCAGGCAAGGGUGUUUCAGUGCUCUAGAGACCACAGUCUGGCAAGGGGCAACCAGAGCAGGACUGGGUCCACCAGCCUGCCAUGACCCUACCUGUGCCACCUCCACCACGACGGGUGCGGCUCAAGCCCUGGCUGGUUGCCCAAGUGAACAGCUGCCAGUACCCAGGCCUUCAGUGGGUCAAUGAGGAGCGCAAGCUCUUUUAUAUCCCCUGGCGCCAUGCUACCAGGCAUGGCCCUGCCCAGGACGAGGAUGACAACACAAUCUUCAAGGCCUGGGCCAAGGAGACAGGGAAGUACACGGAAGGCGUGGAUGAGGCAGAUCCUGCCAAGUGGAAGGCCAACCUUCGCUGUGCCCUCAACAAGAGCCGGGAGUUCCGCCUCCUUUAUGAUGGGCCCCGAGAUAUGCCACCCCAGCCAUACAAGAUCUACGAGGUCUGCGCCUCAUGCCCUACUCCUGCAGAGUCCCUGCCUGGUGAAGAAGAAGAUGAGGAGGAUGAGGAGCUACAAAGGAUGUUGCCAACUCUGAGCAUCACAGAACCACAACCUGCCCCUUCCAUGGUCCCCUAUACUUUGCCGAAGGAAGAACAGAAGUGGCCAGCCCCCAGUCUUCAGCCACCUCUUGGGCUGGGACCCUCCCCUCCUGAGCCCACCAUCCUGGCCCCUGCACCCUGCCCCUCUGCUACUUUUGGGGAACUGAUCCCUGAAGUCCUUCCAGCCUUGGACCCUGGGCCUCUAGCUGCCAGCUUGGCUCCCCCUCCAGAACAGCUGCCUCCCGAUCUGCUCAUAAAUCCCCACAUGCUGCCAUUGACCGACCUGGAGAUCAAGUUCCAGUACCGAGGCCAGCCACCCUAUUCCCUCACCAUCAGCAACCCCCAGGGUUGCCGCCUCUUCUACAGCCAGCUGGAGGCUACCCAGGAGCAAGUGGAACUCUUUGGCCCGGUGAGCCUGGAGCAGGUGCGUUUUCCUGGUCCAGAGGGUAUCCCUAGCGAGAAGCAGCGCUUCUAUACCCACCAGUUACUAGAUGUGCUGGACCGAGGACUCAUCCUGCAACUCCAGGGCCAGGAUCUCUAUGCCAUUCGUCUUUGCCAGUGCAAAGUGUUCUGGAGCGGACCUUGUGCCACACCCUCUGCCACGCCACGACCCAUCCAAAGAGAGAAGAAGACAAAGCUUUUCAGUCUUGAGCAGUUCCUCAAUGAGCUGAUCCUAUUUCAAAAGGGCCAGACCACAACUCCACCAGCCUUUGAGAUUUUCUUUUGCUUUGGGGAGGAGUGGCCAGACAGAAAACCUAAGGAGAAGAAACUCAUUACUGUGCAGGUCGUGCCAGUAGCAGCUCGGCUUCUACUAGAGAUGUUCUCAGGGGAGCUUUCCUGGUCAGCUGACAGCAUCCGGCUGCAAAUCUCAAACCCAGACCUGAAGGACAGAAUGGUAGAGCAGUUUAAGGAGCUACAUCACAUUUGGCAGCUACAGCAGCGCCUGCCGCCUGUCCCCUCUGUGCCUCCUGGACAGGGCCUUCCUGCUGGCACAGGGCCCUGGCCCAUUCACCAAGUUGGCAUGCAUCAGUGAAGCGGCUGCUCAUCACCCAUCCCUCACCAGCUUUUAUACGAGAACUGACCUCAGUGUGCCAAAGACCCAGUGGCUACUUUUAGAGCCAGCAUGGCCCAGGCCUCAUCUGCUGAAGAUGGCUUUGUGCUCAGGGGGAGAAGGGUUAGGAUGGCGGGUCCCUGGGUUCUCCUUACCAGCAGGAGCUUGUAGAGAAGAUGAUGCCCUGCUUUGGGCUGCCAGAGCUUUAUCAAGCUGCAUUAGGAGGAACUCAGCUAACACCUGAUAUGGAAGGCUUGGAGCAGGGGAUUUCUGGGACCUUGAGGAAAAGGCAGUGCUUUCCAAAUAGGAAGAAUGCUUUUUAAUUCUUCCUUUCAGUGGAAGGAAAAAAAGUGCUGCAGCCAGGCAGCCCUUAAUAGAGGACAAUAGCAGCUCACAGGGGCUGGAAGAUCUAUCUCAGCAGAUGGCUCAUCGACAUCUACAGCUGUUUUCCUUAUUCCUAAAGAACAGGCGUAUAAAGACACUUGUUUCCCAAAGAAGCCACAGUUUAAGGUGGUAGCUACUCCCACUUUUGAGGGCAUAGCAAACAGCUAGAGUAGGAAAUGGGAUUUUGUAAUGUAAUUUUAAAUUGCUGUGAGGGUGAAUUAUGGCUGAUAAGCCAUAUCGACAUUAAAAGAUAACAAAUUUA